AUGGAGGUGGAAAAGAACAGCUUUGGAGCGGAUGACUUCAAGAAAGGCCUCGAAGCUCUCGACGAUGAGAUGGGCAAAGAUGAAUGGCUCUUUGCAUUCUCACCUAUCACUCUGCUGUCGGCAGGAGGCUUCCUCGCUGUCAGCCUUUUCAGAAACCGAGAAAGCACAGAGGACCUUGACUACUUUAUCGAACCCAAGUGGACGCAUGAUGACGACAUUAAGGGGCCACUGCGAAGUGCCAUGGUAAGGACGGCACGGCGUCUGGGCUUCGCCGAAGACUGGGCAAAUGAUGAAAUGGCAUUGUUCGUCCCCGAUAGAUCCAAGCAACACUUAUUCGAGGCGGCUCAGAAACAGAACAUUGUCCUGUGGGAAGGUACAAAUUUACGCGUCCUUGCUGUCCCACUGAAGUGGGCACUGGAACGGAAGCUGCGGCGGAUUCACGACGAGACGCAGAAUAGUAAGCGGGAGUCAGAUAUGGACGAUUCUCUUGCGCUGCUGAAGUACUUGAGGGCGCAGAACGGAGGCCCGCUGGACAUGGAGCAGAUUCGGACGUUGAAUUUCUUCUCCGUUGAAAUGCCGCCUGACCAUGCAACCAUGGUGACAGUUGCUGUGGCCUAUCGAAAAAAGUACAACGAGGAUUCUUUUGCUUAG